AUGGCGUAUGACUUGAAUCUGUCGGUCAUACCUGUUGUGAAACCCAUCACUGAUUAUAACAAUCAGUUCAAUGAAUUAGAGGGCAAUCGGUUGAGUGAACUCUUGGAUGCCCUCAAGAUUAUGAUGAGUCCUGUGGUCAACGUUAAUGAUAAUGAAAUAAACGCUUAUUCUGUCGAUGCCUUCAAUUUGAUACUUCGGUAUCAGGAGAAUGGUCUCCAAAAUACUGUCAAAAUGGCUAAACUUAAGUGCUAUUAUACUAUUUAA